AUGGACUGUCAUGGGAGAGUCUUUGGUGACAUACCUCCUGGUGUACCUCCAAAUAGAGGGUUUGAGCAUGGGAUAGAGAUGGAAGAUGGAGCUAAGCCAGUGAUUACCACUUUGUAUCGUCAUCCUAGAGCCUACAAGGAUGAGAUUGAGAAGACUAUUCAUGAGUUGUUGGACAUGGGUUUCAUUCACCCGAGCUCUAGUCCCUUUGCUUCUUCUGUAGUGCUUGUUAAGAAGAAGGAUGGGACUCUGCGAAUGUACCUCACAAAGAAAGGGGCAUUCAGAUGGACAGAACAGGCACAGGGGGUCUUUGACAGACUCAAGGAGGUUAUGAGCACUUGCCCAGUUUUGGCACUCCCUGACUUCUCACAGCCAUUUGUUUUGGAGUGUGAUGCUUCAGACCACAACAGUCUGAAAUAUUUCCUAGAUCAGACAGAGCUCAAUGAUCGACAACAAAAAUGGGUGAGCAAGAUUCAGGCUUAUGAUUUCGAUAUCGAAUUCAUAAAGGGGAAGAAUAAUACUGAGGUUGAUGCACUUUCUAGAAAACCCUCACUUGCUGCCCUAUGUUCAUUGAGCGAGAUUUCAGCAGAUUGGAAGGCUCAACUUUUAGUUGAGUAUUACAAAAAUCAGCAUGCUUGUGAGUUGAAGGAACAAAUUUUGCAUGAUUUUCAUGUUACUCCCACAGCAGGACAUCCAGGGUAUGGUAAGACUUACCGAGCGGUUCGGGAGAGAUUCUCAUGGAAGGGUCUCAAAGAUGACGUUUUGCGUCAUGUCCGUGAGUGUCUUCCUCGAGUUCAGUGGAAAGAUUGUAUCUAUGUUGUAGUAGAUAGAUUAACAAAAUAUGCCCACUUCUUUCCCAUUGCUAUUGAUUUCUCAGCAUCUCAGGUGGCUGAGCUAUUUUUCAGAGAGGUAUUUAGACUCCAUGGUCUUCCGAAGACCAUAGUGAGUGACAGGGAUAGUAGAUUCAUGAGUUCCUUUUGGCAAGAACUUUUUAGAUUAGCAGGCACAGAGUUGACACCUAGUACUAGUUACCACCCUCAAACAGAUGGACAGACCGAGAUAGUCAAUAAGUGGAUUGAGGGAUAUUUGCGCAGCUACGUGUCGGGGCAGCAGAAGGAUUGGUUACAGGAGAACCAAGACAUCAUGAGAUCUCUUAGGGAGAACUUACAACAUGCUCAAAAUCAGCAAAAGAUGUACGCUGAUCGGCAUAGGACUGAGAGGGCAUUUGAGGCCCUUGGACAGCAUAUUACAGUAUCACCCGAUUUGCCUCCCAUGGAUGAGGAAGGUAAAUUGACUUUGGUUCCUAAAGAGAUUCUUGAGGUGAGGGAAUGGCGGCUGAGAAGCAGGGUGAUUUUGGAGUAUUUGUGGCACAUAAGUGAAAAGAAUAUUUGUAAACAUUUCAGUUCAGGUAAACGUUUACAACAAUCUGACCUUUCUGAGAAAUACAGUGAAAGAAUAACUCCUCCAUUUGAUGCAACUUGGAUUAAAACUGUUAAAUUCUAUUUACUUAUAAAACAAGAAGUUCAUACAGAUAUAAAGGGUGCAGAGCAGCCAAUGGUAAGGGGGAGGAAGGGCAACGGAAUAGAAGUGGGAAUCACGAUCAGAGCAAGCACAAAUCUGACACGACUGCUGCGGACAGAUAUUAAGGAAUAA